GUUCCAUUUCUCUCUCUGUCUUUGUGUGUCUCUUUCUUUCUUUGUUUCGAUCAGAUCUGAAGCUCUUCUUCAGAGAAACACAAAGACAACCCAAAGUUGUUUCACUUUCUCCGUGAGUUUUUUGGUUCUCUCUCUUUCUUUCUCUGUGUUCCAACUGUCAUGAAGGAUUGCUUGCUCUGCAUUGUACUCUUUCUUCUCUGAUAAAAAGUUUAGAUUUUGGCGUGGCAGUGCCUGUUUGAAAUUGCUGAAUGGAAUCACUUAUUGAUGGAGUUUCGAAGACUCAGAAUUUGGCAAUAGGCAACAAGCCUCCAUCAAGAUCUAAGACUCCUCACUCCUCUAGGCCUCCAUCUUCAAAACAAACUAGACAUGAAGUGGUUUCUUCCACUUCCUAUGCAACUAUUCAUAAUCAUGCCAUGAAAACAGCCAGCAAUCCAAAUGGUUAUGUGAUUAAUCAAAAGCCAUCUCACAAGGUGGCCCAUCAUGAUGUGCAGCAUGCAGAAUCACUGAAGACAGAAAAACACUUUUACAAUUCACAUAAAGGAAAAUCUGAAUAUGGGCCCCCCAAUUAUGUUGAUAGUAAAGUGGGUGGAACCUCUUAUGAGGAGAAGGUUUCUGCAGUGGCAAUGAAAUGUUACAUCAAUAAUCCCAUUUUUGAUUCAAAGAAUUGUAAUUCGAGUGGCUUGUCAGAAUCUGAAAAUUUGGUUUUAUUUCCAAGUAAAGGAGGUGCUGAACAAAUGAAUGGCCACUGUACUUCUCAACCAGUGGUAACCUAUUGUCCAAGUCCUCCAAAUAGCCUCUAUGCUGCGACCCUGUAUUCAGAAGCCAAACAAAGUUUCACUAACACGGAAGUUAGUGAAUGCACAAGCAGCAUUGAGAAGUCUAUUGAAAGUGGCGAAGUUACUAAUUCUUGUGAUCUUGUCGAGAGCAGGAAGACCAGCAUCUACAGAGGCAGCACUGGCAGUGAUCUUAGUGAUGAGAGCAGCUCAAGUAGUUUAAGCAGUGCCAUGUACAAGCCUCACAAGGCAAAUGAUAUAAGAUGGGAAGCAAUUCAAGCUGUUCGAUCUCGUAAUGGGAUGUUGGAAAUGAAACAUUUUAGAUUGUUAAAGAGACUGGGAUGUGGAGAUAUAGGCAACGUUUAUCUAUCAGAGUUGACUGGCACUAAAACUUAUUUUGCCAUGAAGGUAAUGGAUAAAUCAGCUCUUGCUGCUCGCAAGAAGCUAUUGAGGGCUCAGACAGAAAGAGAGAUACUGCAAUCUCUGGAUCAUCCAUUCCUACCCACAUUGUAUUCAUAUUUUGAAACAGAGAAGUUCUCUUGCUUGGUAAUGGAGUUUUGUCCUGGUGGAGAUCUGCAUGCACUCAGGCAAAAACAACCAGGAAAGUAUUUUCCAGAGCAUGCUGCCAGGUUUUAUGUGGCUGAAGUUCUUCUUGCUCUGGAGUAUUUGCACAUGCUUGGCAUCAUUUACAGAGACCUAAAACCAGAAAAUGUGUUGGUGAGAGAAGAUGGGCACAUAAUGCUUUCAGAUUUUGACCUCUCUCUAAGAUGUGCUGUCUGCCCAACUCUGGUGAGAUCCUCUAACUUAAGCUUGGAGACAAAGAACUCAGCAUACUGUGUUCAACCCACCUGCAUAGAGCCAACUUGUGUAAUGCAGCCAGAUUGCAUCCAACCAGCCUGUUUUGCACCACGUUUCUUAUCAGGCAAGCCCAAGAAAGAAAAAAAGAACAAGUCAAGGAAUGAAACAUGUCAUCAAGUGACUCCUCUCCCUGAACUCAUCGCUGAACCCACCAGUGCUCGGUCAAUGUCUUUUGUUGGUACACAUGAGUACUUGGCACCUGAAAUCAUUAAAGGUGAAGGCCAUGGUAGUGCUGUAGAUUGGUGGACAUUUGGGAUAUUUCUUUAUGAGCUUUUGUUUGGUAAAACUCCAUUCAAGGGAGCUGGGAACCGGGCUACCCUAUUUAAUGUGGUUGGCCAGCCCUUGAGAUUUCCAGAGUCACCUUCUGUGAGCUUUGCUGCCAGAGACUUGAUUAGGGGUCUACUUGUAAAAGAGCCACAGCAUCGUCUUGCUUAUAGGCGUGGUGCUACAGAAGUUAAACAACAUCCUUUCUUUCAAAGUGUGAAUUGGGCACUCAUCCGUUGUACAAAUCCCCCAGACGUGCCAAAACCAGUUGUGAUGGACUUCCCCGCUAUCAUUGAUCCGCCAAAAGCACCCACAACUGAGGUGCCUGGUGUUGAUGUGAAGCCUUCAGGUAAUUAUUUAGAGAUUGAUUUCUUUUAAUUCUUGUAUCCAUUUUCCUUCUUUGUACCAGUUUCCGUCUCCUCGAUUGUAUUGUGCCUCAAUGGUUUCCUUCCAUUGCAAAAAAGCUAAAAAGUGGUUGUUCCUUUCAAUUGGCACUUGUAACUGCUCUGCAGUUGUAGGCACAAGAUAAACACAAUGAGGAAAAGCAAAUGCAUUAAAAUCAGGAAUGAAAUUGCUGAUCUUUCUUUCCUA